AUGAGUGACGAUGUUCAGUUUGAUGAAUUUGGAAAUUUAAUAAAUGGAGACUUGUCCGAUUCUUCAGAUGAGGAAUCUCAAAAUUUAUCAAAUGAAAUAAAUAACGACCAACUAAGGGAAAAUAAUGAUAAUGAUAACGCCAUAGUUCUAGCCGAAGAUAGGACUUAUUAUCCAACACUAUCUUCAACAUUUGAUGGUGUUGAGACGAUAAUUGCGACGGAAGAUGAGAAAACUUUGAACGAUCCAAUUGUCGAACCCUAUGUUGAAAAAAAGUUUAUGCUAGAGGAAACCGAUCUACCUGAUACAACUUACUCUAAACGUUAUCUGUGGGAGAUGUCAAAAGUUCCUGAGCGUAUAAGAAACGUUGCUUUUUGCGGAAAUAUACAUGCAGGUAAAACAUCCUUAGUUGAUAUGCUUGUUGAGCAAACUCACAUGUUCUCAAGCAAAGCUCAGGAAGCUCAAGGAGUCAAACAAACUAAACUAAGGUAUACAGAUAACCACAUAUUAGAAGUGAAGCGUGGGAUAUCUAUAAAGAGCUCGGUAAUGUCGUUAUUACUCCCCGAUCAAAACGAAACCUACAUUUUAUUGAAUAUCGUGGAUUCUCCUGGACAUAGCAAUUUCUGCGAUGAAAUGGCUAUAUCUAUAAGACUUUCUGAUGUUACAGUUUUAUGCGUUGAUGUCGUAGAAAGCGUGACCAAAAGCUUAGAAUUGGUUAUAGAGUAUGCAUUGAAAACUGGAACGAAAAUGAUGUUGGUAGUGACAAAAAUUGACAGGCUAAUUUUAGAACUUAGAUUAUCACCGCUAGACGCUUACUACAAGAUAAGGAGGACUAUCGAACAAGUAAAUGAAACAAUUGAAAAAUAUUGCGAUGAACUUGAAAUUGAUUUUGCAGAAGCUAAGUUGAAGCUCUCUCCAGAACUUGGAAAUGUAUGCUUUUCUUCUACUACGUUUAACAUUUUAUUCUCCUUGUCAAGCUUUGCUCAAAAGUACAUUGAUUCUAAUAAUUUUAACAAAAACCUUGGAAUGUCUACUGAAUUACUUGCAAGGAAACUAUGGGGUGACAUUUACUACGAAAGCAAAAAGUUUUUUGUAAAGCCCAAUAAUCCGAUAGCAGCAGCAAGCUCUAGAACAUUUAUCAAAUUUAUUCUUGCUCCAAUCUACAAAAUGGCCACUGCGUCUUUGACACUUGACCCAGUACAGCUAAAAAGAUUUGCUGAACUUAACCUAGGAUUGGAUUUAAAGAAACGGGUCUACAAAUUUGAUACCAGACCCUUUAUGAAGGAGCUUUUUGGUUCAUUUUUUGGUCCUCCAUCUUCAGCUUUAGUAAGCUCUCUCAUGAAAUUACCUUCACCUCGAGCAAACUCGAAUACAAAGAUUAAUCAUUUAUAUGACGGUCCGCCAAACUCUAAGCUUUCAGAGCAUGCAAACAAUUGCGAUCGUGAAGGACCUUUGAUUGCAUUCGUCUCAAAACUAGUAGAUACGACGGAUAGCGAAAAUUUUUAUGCUCUUGUCCGGGUAUUGUCUGGCUCUAUAAAGGAAAACCAACUAGUUUCAUUAUUGGGGGAGUCAUACUCUUUGAGUAAUCAGGACGAUUAUAAACUACAGAAGAUCAGCAAGUGCUAUUUGUGGAGUGGUAGGUACAAAAUUGAAGUUCCUGAGUUAAAUGCUGGUUCUAUUGGUCUUAUCUCUGGCCCUGGAAUAGACAGCUUUAUAACGAAAACAGCUACAAUUUAUGAUCAGGGAAUUGAAGACUCUUGGAUUGUUUUCCGAGGAGUGGAUCAGCUAUUAAGUCCUGUAUUCAAGGUAGGUGUACAGGCUUAUAAUCCUAAAGAUUUAAACAAAUUUUUGGAAUGCUUGAAGAAGCUUCAUAGGUCUUACGUCGGAUGUGAGAUCAAAGUAGAAGACAGUGGGGAACAUUCAAUUUUCGGUUUUGGUGAAUUAUAUAUGGACUGCUUGCUACAUGAUUUGAGAAUCCUAUAUGGUAAUCUUGAGAUUAAGGUUAGCGACCCUAUGGUAAAGUUCAACGAGAGCACGGACUCCUUAUCCAAAGUCAAGCUAGUGACCAAGUCUAAUAAUGUAAAAAAUCAAAUAUCCAUUAUUGCCGAACCACUAGAUCCUAAGAUUUGCAAAGACAUACGUAAUGGAACUUUAAGUUUCAAGCGUGAUACGCCUAGAAACUUUGCAAAAAAGUUAAGAGAUAAAUACAACUGGGAUUCUUUGGCUGCCAGAUCAGUUUGGUCUUUUGGUCCCACCGUAACUGGAACGUCUAUUUUAUGUGAUGAUACACUACCUGAUGAGGUUGACAAAAAGCAACUGCUUGAGCUUAAAGAGUAUAUUUUGAAAGGAUUUCAGUGGGCGGUAAGAGAGGGACCUUUAUGUGAAGAGCCUGUAAGUGAUGUUAAAUUUAGGAUCAUAAACGCUCAAUUUGCUGAAGAUGAUGCUGAUAGGAAUGGAGCUCAGAUCAUUCAGAUGGUUCGUAAAGCAUGCCAUUCUGCCCUGUUGAUAAGUGAUGUCAGUUUACUUGAACCGAUAUAUCAUAUUGAAACUAUCAGCCACGUUGAUACUCUGAACAUGCUCGAAAAGUUUUUGGAUAAAAGAAGAGGUUAUAUAUUUGAUAAAGAAAGGAUUGAUGGAACUCCAUUGUGGAAGGUUACUGGUUUCAUUCCUGUCAUAGAGUCUGUUGGUGUCGAAACGGAACUACGACUUGCCACCCAGGGUAAAGCAUACCCACAAAUGGUUUUCAACAAGUGGGAACAAGUUCCAGGAAAUCCGCUUGAUGAUACUGCUUUCAUUCCAUUAUUGAAGCGGGUACCACUAUUGUCAACGAGUAGAGACUUCAUGAUUAAAACAAGGAGAAGAAAAGGUCUUUCUGAAAAUGUUUCCCUCCAGAAAUAUGUUGACGAAGAUACAUGGAAAGUUUUACAAGGUUUGGGAAUUAUUUGA